AUGGAGAAAGCAUCGUCGAGAGUUAUUGAAGUUACUGUGAUUUCUGGUGAAGAUUUGCGGGUUAACCGGAAAACCCCCGUGGAAAAAAAUGCCUCUGUGAUCGUAAGAUCCGACCCGUUAAAUGAAAGAUCCACAGGGAUGAAUACAGAAGGCGGAUGCAAUCCCAUGUGGAACGAAAAGUUGGUGAUGGAUUUGCCUAUGCAUGCAACUCAUAUCACUGUGGAAGUUCAUUCACGUAACAAAAUCAUUGGGACAGCAAGAAUUCCAUUGUCAGAUUUCACCGGAGGUUAUUUACCGGCAAACUAUUUGAGUUUUCUGAGUUAUAGGCUGAGGGAUGCCAACGUCAAGAAGCAAGACGCAUAUCCAGGAAAAAAUCCUUUAGAAUUUAUUCUUCACGUUUUGAAGAUUGAUAGGAGCCCUCAUCGUAUUGGAAACAAGUAG